AAACAGUGGCUUAAAUGAUCGAAGGUCGGAAGUCUCUGGAGAUCGUUUCAGUUUCCAGAGAUUUUUAGUUUCGAUCAGUUCCCUAAAUAAAUACAAUUUUGCCGCAGCUGCCGUCUGUGGAACUUCAAUUCCUUAGGCUUGCUUUCAAUGGCGAAUGAUCUCUUUGGAUAUCCUCUUCGGCGCUUCUUCUGGAGCCCGGCCGUGUUCCGGGGGCCGUCCGGCACCAUUGCGCUCAUGGAUUGGCUCGAAACAUCCAAUGCUCACAUCUUCAAGGUUGACGUUCCAGGGUUCAGCAAGGACGAGAUAACAGUACAGGUCAACGAGGCGAAUGUUCUACACAUUCAAGGAACGAGUGGUAAAGAGGAAGCUCAUGGAAAGGACGCAAUCUGGCAUUUGGCGGAAAGACAAACAGGGAAGAGGGGGUUUUCCAGGGAGUUAGAACUGCCAGAAAAUGUAAAGUUGGAUAAAAUCAAGGCGCAGGUUGAAGAUGGGCUCCUCACCAUUGUUGUGCCCAAAGAUACAGCCCCAAGGCCAUCAAAGGUCAGGAAUAUCAACAUUACGAGCAAGCUUUGAGAUCUGAAACUUGCAGGAAUUCAACAAUUUGCUGAAUAAUGCAUUGAUGAUGUGUUGUUGUAUCCUUCUGUUCAUAAAUAAUGGGACGUUUUUUCCUAUCGUGUUUGAGGUACACUUUUUCAACAAAAAUAUAUGAUAUAAAAUAUUUCUGAUAAUUGUU